AUGGAAGACUUAUGGGUACCAUUUAAAUUCGAGCGUUUAUCUGAAUAUUGUUUCGAAUGUGGAAGAAUUGGUCACUCGAUACCGGAAUGUAAAUGGAAGGAAACAGGGGCCACCCUUUCCAAAGCUUUUGACUGUGGGCUAAGAGCAGAGAUUUCUCCCAUCAAUGUUAUCAACUACGGAGUCAGGCCGCCGAAAAUCGCGGCUUAUCCAAAACCAAGCGUUCAACUAAGCCGGGAGGGAGGCCAGGAUGGUGGUGCGUGGCAGGAGCGGGUGGAAAGGUGGCUAGAGGACACUCCAGAUAAUGCAAUCGUACGAGAAAGGAUGAAUGUCAGCGACAAAGGAGGAGCACGUCAAGAGGGACACGUGCCUAUCGCUGAGAGCCACAGCUGUCCUGAGGAGAAUAUUCGAGAUCCUGAUGAGGUAUUUUCCCAAUCUAUCCCUCCCAUAAUUACUAUUGGGCCUUCUUCUUUUGUUAUUUCGGACCUCUCUGCUCGGGAAUCCAGGCCCACCCCUUCUCUUGUUAAGACCCCUUAUUUUGUAGAGGAACCUGAUAGCCCACGAGCCUUUCAGAGGAGCCCUCCCGCAAAAACCCAGAAAUCCCUUUCUUUGGAGGUGGCCCAAGAUGAGGACAUAAUUAAAACCCCUCUAAGCCCAAGAGCCCCUAUGGAAAUUGCCCUCUCUUCUGUAUUCGAUAGAUUCCUGUCCCUCAAACGUAAGGAGAGAGAGGAUGAUGAACCUCCCCAGAACUCCAAGAAAUCAGGUCACCUCAUCCAGCUGAAGGCGAAUGUACCAUCUCUCCCAGACACUCCUUUCCUCGUCCCCUCUAUCCCAUCUCCUGCCCUUUCUCCGUGCCUCCCUGUCAGCAGAGGAAGGGGGAGCCAAAGCCUUCGAGGUAACAGGGGGAAAAAAUCAACCCCGGUACGAAGAAUCAAGAAAGCCUUGCCAUAUGUGGAGGAGGAGCAACUAGUGGAUGUCCAGGUAUUCCAAAGUGAUUCUGUUCCCUCAACCCCUAGGUCUGAUGAAGGGGAUCAAAAUAGGGCUGUGGUGGCUGGCCCCAAUCAGCCACAGCCCCAAUGGGAGCGUAUUUUCUUUUGGAAUCAAUUGAGAGCUGUGGCUAGGGAGAAUCACUAUCCUUGGCUUUGUGUGGGAGAUUUCAAUGAAGUGGCUUCUACGUGGGAAAAGGAAGGGGGUAACGAAUAUAGGGGAAGGAGAAUUGAACUGUUCCAGGAGCUCAUUUCGGACUGUGGGUGGAUGGACUUGGAAUUUAAAGGUCCAGCAUUUACUUGGAGUAACAACCAAGGGGGUACCAACAACAUCCGAGAAAGACUAGACAGGGCUAUGGCUUCAGCGUCUUGGAGGUUGCUUUGGCCAACAGCUCAGGUUUUCCAUGAGGUAAAAAUGGGGUCGGAUCACUGCCCCCUGCUGAUCAAACUAAGCAACAACUUGAAGAAAGUUCCCUACCAGUUUAAGUUUGAAAGCAUGUGGGCAACAAGUGAAGAAUGCUCAAGAGUGAUAGCAAGUGCUUGGGAUACUUCUACUCCUGGGUCAGCUAUGUACUCGCUGAGAACCAAAUUGAGAUCAUGUCAGAAGAGUCUACAAGAAUGGAGUAGGAAAACUUUUGGGAACAACAAGAAGAGAAUUGAGGACCUUACAGAGAAAAUCCGAAUUAUCCAAAGCCUUCCUUUUAGUCAGGAAGGCUUCUCUCAGGAACAAGAUUUUGCAAAAGAGCUGGAGAUUACGAUGUUGAGAGAGGAGAUGUAUGUCCAUCAGAGGUCUCGAGUCAAUUGGUUAAAAUUUGGGGAUAAGAACACUGUGUUCUUCCAUGCUACCCUGAUGCAAAGAAGACAGAGAAAUCAGUUGUGCACUAUUAAAGAUGGAAGAGGUAUUUGGCUGAAGGAGGAGACUGAGAUCAACAGACACUUGGGUGAGUUCUUCUCGAACCUUUUUGAAGCCUCAGGAGACAGAGACUUUACUGCAGCACUGGUAGGAGUCCACAGGAAAAUCACAGAUUCAAUGAAUCAUAAACUCACCAAGGCGAUCUCGAAAGGGGAAAUCUUGUUGGCCAGGGACCAACUAGGGGCUUUGAAAUCACCUGGGCCUGAUGGCUUCCCAGGUUUCUUCUACAAAAAACCUAUUGCCCCGUGUAACUUCAUCUUGAAAAUCAUCACGAAAAUUCUUGCUAAUCGUCUCAAAAGUAUCCUGAGGGGUAUUAUCACCCCAAACCAAUCUGCUUUUGUCCCUGGCAGACUUAUCCAAGACAAUAUCAUCGUGGCCCACGAAGCUUUCCACCACCUCAGGAGAAAGAAGAAUGGUUAUGGGGGAUACAUGGCCGUCAAACUAGACUUCAACAAAGCCUAUGAUCGAGUAGAGUGGGACUUUCUGCAAGCAAUAUUGGAAAAAAUGGGUUUUAAUCGGGUGUGGAUUCAAUGGGUUAUGCAGUGUGUAACUACAAUGAGCUUUGGGGUAAGUGUGAAUGGUGAAGUCAAGGCAAAAGUGUCUCCUCGAAGGGGACUCCGGCAAGGGGACCCUCUAUCACCCUAUCUCUUCUUACUUGUGAAGGAUGUCCUCUCUAACCUCCUUACCCAAGCUGUCCAGUCCAGAAACCUUUUAGGAGUUCAUUUGGGUCAACAAUGCCCUUCCUUGUCACAUAUCUUUUUUGCGGACGAUGCUCUCUUAUUUGCAAAAGCUGAAUUGCCCGAAUGCCAGUCCCUUAUGAAGAUUUUGGAUACAUAUGGAAAGGCAUCAGGACAAUCAGUGAACCUGAAUAAGUCUGGAAUAUUUUUCUCCUCCAAUCUAAACCCCAUCGACAAACAGCUUAUUUGCUCCUUCCUAAACAUCCCACCUCUCAAAGAUGACGCGAAAUAUCUGGGGCUCCCCUCCUUAUGGGGAAGAUCAAAAGCUGAGGAAUUAUCUUUUUUGGUGGAGAAAACUCUGAAGAAGUUGCAAGGAUGGAAGCAAAGAAUCAUCUCUCAUUCAGGAAAGGAAGUUAUGAUCAAAGAUGUGGCUCAAGCCAUCCCCACGUAUGCUAUGGCUUGCUUUUGGUUCCCUCAGAAGACAGUGAAUAAACUGAACUCGUUGAUAAGGAAUUACUGGUGGAAAGGUGAUCCGGAGAAUAGAGGGAUUUUUUGGGCCAGUUGGGACAGGAUGAUUGCUCCAAAAGAGGAAGGAGGAAUGGGUUUUCGUGAUUUCAGUGCUUUCAAUGAGGCUCUCCUGGCAAAACAGGCUUGGAGACUCUUGAUGAAUCCUAAUUCUUACUGGGCAAAGAUGAUGAAAGGUCUUUACUUCCCCAACUCAAAUUUCUUGACAGCCGUUAGAGGAAAAAAGGCCUCUUGGGCUUGGACCAGCAUGCUGAAGGGAAGGGAGGUUCUUUGUAAAGGGUUGAGGUGGCAGGUGAGUGGAGGUCGUGAAAUCAACUUUUGGGAAGAUAAAUGGGUUCCUUCGAUUCAGAAUUUCAAAGUAAACACGCCGAAGCCUCACGGAUGUCAAAUUCAGAAAGUCUCAGAAGUUAUAAGGCCAGGGAUGCAAGGUUGGGAUGUGAACAAGCUUAGAAGGGUCAUUUCAGAGGAUGAGGUAAAUGCCAUAGUGAAGAUUGCUUUACCAUCAAACCCUCGCAGGGAUAGACUGAUCUGGCACUAUAAUUCCCAAGGUAUAUACACGGUCAAAUCUGGAUAUAGAGUUGCUCUGAAAAUCAAUGAGAUCUAUAUUGACAAGCCAGAAUCGUCCUUUAAACCCAAUAAACACCUUUGGAAACUCAUUUGGAAGCUGAAUGUCCCCCCUAAAGUUAGAAAUUUUUGGUGGAGAGUAUGUAAAAAUGGUUUGGCAACCAAGGAAAAUCUUUUCAGAAGGAGGUGUGCUCAAUCCCCCACAUGUCCUCUCUGUAACGAUUGCGUGGAAUCAGUGGAACAUAUGCUAACCCAGUGUGCUUGGACUAGACCAGUUUGGUUUGGUAGCAACUUGAUCUCUAAGGUAUCCCCUGAGAAAUGCCCUUCUAUGUUGAUUUGGUCUUCUGGUAUCAUAGACAAGAGCUCCAGUCUCAAAGAAGCAUCAGAGGUAAUAAGUAAGGUGGCGCUCCACAUUUGGAAGGAAAGAAACGACUUCGUGUUUAAUCAUCUGGAGGUAAACCCCCUGUCUACUGUGGUUAGAGCUUCCAAAGCUCAAACUGAAUUUGGAUUAAUCUCGGCUAUUCAGAGAGAGGUUUUGGAGCACAAUGAUGCUCCCCCUUCUGCCAAUCUGGCCUGGAGAAAACCAAUCCCUGGUAGCCUGAAAAUUAACUGUGAUGUCGCAAUUCCCCUGGAUAGUGAAAAAGCUACAGCAGCAAUGGUGGUUCGUAAUGAAGUAGGUGAGCUGAUUGAUGGUUCGACUGCUACCUUCCCAGUCUACUCAGUUUUACAUGGAGAGCAAGAAGCGAUCAGGAGGGCAUGUCACAUGGUUGAAGGCCUAAAAGUUAGCCAAGUCAUAAUUGAAUCGGACAACAGGAGGGCCAUUGAACUCAGUGUCUCAGAACUUGUGCCCCCGUGGGAAGUUUUUGAAGUAGUAAUGGACAUAAGGAGGCUGAUGAAGCAGAAGAACUUGAAGAUGGAAUGGGUGAACAGAUUUGGCAACAAGAUUGCUCACCAAGUGGCAGCAUGGGCAUCAAAAGGCCAACUUCAACCUGACUGGGUUUCUAGCCCCCCCAUUGCUUUAUUUUCUUUGCUGUAUGCAGAUGCUUUUAAUUCUGAGUUGUAG